CACAUGGAAAACAUCCAUUUCAUUUUCAGAAUCCAAAUAAUCAAUCACAACAACAACAAACAACGGCAACAAUGCCGAUACAAUGUCAAAAUGAGUUGCAAAAUUUUCACAACAUAAUACGUCCAUUUAUGAAUCUAACGGAGAAAAAAUCGUGGCCAAACACGUUCAAAGAUUUAACCAAUUUUUACCUAUCAUCCAGAUCUAUGCGUAUGAAUGGUCAAUUCAUGGAUCGUAUAUUCAAUGAAUCAUUACGAGCGUUUGAAAAAAUAUUCAAAGAAAAAUUGUAUAAAAAUACUGUCGAAGAAAUGGUCACUUGUAUGGCCACAUUAUUCGAUUCCGUAUCGGAACCAUUGCAAUCAAAUCUAUUGGAUUGGAUAUUUAAUAAGAUUUAUUUUCAACAAUCAACAAGUGAAGAAAAUAAAUUGAUAAUAUUACGUUGUCUGUCAUCGAUAAUUAUUGAUUGUCAAUCAAUGGCCACCAAUAUUGAUAAUUAUUUUUUCAUCCAAACAAAAUUGAAAAAAGCAUUGGAAACAACAACAGCGAAUAAUAAUAUUGAAAUAUUUUUACAAAUCUUUCAAUUGAUCAUUACUAUUGGAAAACGUUCACCAAAUUCAUUAAGACGUCAUAUUGAAGAUCUGAUGGACAUACUUUUAGGCUGGUAUAUGGAUGGUACACAAACAAUAAUGACAUUAUAUUUGAUUGAAAAUAUAAUAUUGUCAUUUGAUUUCAAACAAAAUCUACAAUUUUUUCACAUGCUAUUACGAUCAUUUAUUGAAGAUAUUGAAAAAUAUUAUCAAGAAUCAUUGUAUAAUUUGAUAAAACCGAAUCAGCAUCAUCAACAACAUGCACAAACAUCAUCGCAAUUGUUGAUGAUGAAAUCAAAUGAAACGAUUGAUAAUAAUCAACAAUUGCAUACAAUAGCAUUACGUAUACGUUUAUUUGCCAUAUUUUAUCGUAAAAUUUUGAUUGAACAUCCAAAUUCCAUGAUGGUUAAUAAUUUACAACAAAAUUCCCGAUUCUGUAUCGAUUCUAUGGCCAUUAUGAUUAAAACGAUAAUUAAUUUAUGGCCAUUUUAUAAAUCAUUAUCAAUGUCUGAAGAAUUAUUGAUUGAAUGUAAUCAAUCGUUAAUCAUAUUGAUGGAAACAUCAACCACCAUAUUCAAAUCAAAUGUAUGUAUUCAAUCAUUGGAAAAUGAACUACAUGAUUAUUGUCAAUUAUUAUUCAAUGUCAUUGAUGAUAAUGAUAAUGAAAUUUUUCAUUAUUCAUCACCAAAAACGAUAAUAACGGCAAUGGAUUUUUUGAAAUUAUUCAUAAAAAAUUCAAAACAAUCUAUAUCGUUGGAAAUUGUCGACAGGUUUUUCAAUGUAAAAUUUCAAUCAUUAAAAUUUUCAUUGAAUAAAAAAGUACUGGAAUCAUUCAUAUCGCUAUUCUAUUGUCUGUUGAAGAUUAAAAGUGUUGAAAUUAUUGACAAAUCAUAUCGUCAUAUUCUAUCACAGAUACGAAUUGCAUUUGAUUUUCUACACAAAAUAAAACGUAAAUAUAAUAAUAAACAGAAUGGAAAUGUCGAAAAAAAUGAUUCAUCACCAGUAAUUGUAAAGAAUUUUGAUGAUUCAAUUCCACAACAACAACAACAACAACAACAAGAAAAUUCUGGUUAUAUGUCAAUCAUAACUAAUGAACAAACAUGUCUGAUUUCAUUAUAUGUUGAUAUAAUAUUAUUGGCCGAAAUUGCCAAUACAAAACAUUCGUUGAUUGCAAUGUUGGCAUUGUCACCGAAUUUUAUUGAACUAAUGUUGUAUCAUUUAAAUCUGGCCAAUGAAUGGUUUGCUGAUGAAUAUUCUUCAAUUCAUUAUUCAUUGCUAUAUUUGUUUUGUUCAUAUUGUCAAAAACAUCAUAAUUUUCUGCCACAAAGUUCAUUAUUUCUAGCAAGCAGCAGCAGCAGUAGUAAUAGUAAUAAUAAUCAACAAUCGUUAUCGUGUAAUUCAAUAUUUCCAUUAUUCAAUAUUGGCUCAAAAUCAUCAUCAUCAUCAUCAUCAUCAUCGAUGACCACUGUCCAAUCAAAUUUAAUGAGCAAUAGCCACAAUCCAUCAUCAUUACGUUUUUCACCAAAUUCACAUGCAAGCAAUUAUUUUGUGGACAUAUUGAAGAAUUUAAAAUCAAUUUUAUCAUUGAAUAAAUUGAAAAUUGAUUCAAUCAUCAUUUGUUUACGUUUGGUGGAAAAUAUUGUCACAUAUUAUGGUGGUGGAACAUCCAAUCAAUCAAAACAAGCAUCCAUUGUCAUUGCUUUGGAUGAAUUUAUUGUAUUGAUUGAAAUUGUAUCGGAAUAUAGUUUCGCCAAUAAUUAUCCAAUAUGUAAAUUAACCUGUUCAAUCAUCAUGAAUUUAUUGCCAUUAAUCGAUGAUCAAUCAUUGCCAAUGUAUUGGCAAACAAUGCAAAUUUAUCGUCGUGCAUGUGAAUUCAAUAUUGCACAUACAGAUAAACAGAUUAGUGAAUUAUAUGUCAAUCUAUUAUCAUCAUUGCCGAUUUGUUCGAUGACAAAAAAAUCAUCAUCAAAUAGACGUUCAACAACGAUGAUGAAAACAAUUCAACAAGCAUAUAGUGUACAGAAUAAAAUUUUUAUACAUCCAGAAGAAUCACAUCUCACUAUUGUAUGUGUGAUGAAUAAAACACCAUCUGAACAUUUUUCAUCAUUGGCAUUUGAAAAAUUUUUCGAUUUCAUUCAAAAUGGCCAUGACGAUGAUGAUUCAUUACAAUGGCUAUUUCGUACAUUGUAUGCAUCUAUUGAUGAUGAACGAAUGAAAAUACCGAAUCAGAUACGAUCAACACUUGGUUAUUUGCCAUUCAUAUCAUCGAAUAAUAAUUUGGAUCUAAUGAAAAUGUUUCAAUAUAAUUAUUGGACAGCUAUAUUUUGGAUUUGUUUUGAAUUUGUUCAACAUUGUAUUGAGAAUCGAUUGAAAACACCGUUAGGAAAACCACAGGAUACAUUCACAAAGAUUGAAUCGUUAAUCAAAAUGUUUGUGGCUGAUAUUUCAUCAAAUUCAAAUGUAAAUCGAUUGGCUGUUAAUGUUUCGUGUGUUUCGGCUAAUGUUGCCGCUACUAAACCAAAUACAAUUCGAAUUCAUAUGUUAUUGAUGAUUAUGGAUAAUUUUGAUAAAUUAAUCUACAAUGCCAUACACGGAAAUUCAUUACGGCUUUAUGUUUCAUCAAAAUUAUCGAAACAAUUUUUCAAAAAAAAUCGUGCCACCUGUUCAGAAUGGUUGAAUCGUAAUCGUCGAUCAUUGAUGGUAUUAGCAUCGAAAGUUGGACAAUUAACUAUUGUUGUUCAUCAUGGACAAGAAUUAUUGCGUAAUUAUCAAUGUGAUCGUACAUUAUUCACAUUGGAUGAAAUUGAAUUUAUUUUAUUGCUAAUGAUUGAUUCAUUGAUACAAAUGAAAGCAUCGGAAACAAUACGUGGUUAUUAUAAUUGGGUUAAACAAUAUCUAGGUGUAAAAUUUGUAUGGAUCAAAGCAGCUACGGAUGAAGCUAAUGGCCGUUAUGAACGUGCAUUGAUUCAAUAUCGAAAUUUAUUACAAAAUAAAGUUAUGGCCAAUAAUAAUAAUGGAAUCAAUCAACAACCACAACAAUCUUUAAUCACUACCGCUACCAAUACCAAUACCACCAGCACCACCACCAGCAACAAAAACAAUCCGAAUACAUUGAAUUUGAUUAGUUCAAGCAAAAAUUUCAUCUGCAAUAGUUAUACGGUUAAUUUUUUUCGUAAAAGAAUUUUAAAUUGUUUGCUUAAUAUUGAAAAUUAUGAUGAUGCAUUGGAAUGGUGGCAAAUUGCUAAUCGUGAAUCGAAUAAAACCAAUGUCCAUCAAAUGGCAUGUAAUUUGUUUGGUUCAACAAAUAUUGAUUAUUCAUAUCUAAAAUCUUUAUCCACAUUUGCUGAUGAUGAUCAUGACGAAAACAUGACGAAACCGACAUUGACCAACAAUAAUAAUCUAGCGUCAUCUAUCGAUCAUCCACUGCCGUUGAUACAACGAUCAAUGUUUUUCGAUAUUGAAUCCAGUUAUCAUCAAAUUCAAUCAAAAUUGUUUGAAUUAGCAAAUCAAUUUUUCAAUCGAUCAUCCACUGAUACAAAUUCAAAACAACAAUUUAUCGAACAACUUGAUGAUCUAAUUGUGCAACGAAUCAAUCCAUUGAUACGUUCAUUCAAUAUGUGUGGUAUGGUAGUGGAAAAUCAUUUUGCAAUGUUGCAAAAAAUAUCACAUCAAUUACGUGCCAUUAUUCAACCAACAUCAACGACAACAACUGUGGACAAAAUUCGUUUCGAUCUAUUUGAAUGGGAAGAUAUGAAUUUAGAUCAAUUAAUCAAUGGUCUAUCAUGGUAUCGAGUGUAUGCUAAAUUGAAUGAAAAAACCAAUCAUAUUGAACCUGUACGUAUGAAACAUUCAUUGAAUCGAUUAUUAUUGAAAACGGCACGUAAAGCAAGAAAAACACAAAACAUUGAAUUGGCUGAAAAAUUAUUGUUUCAAUUUGCACAAGCAACAACAUUGAACGUCGAUACAAUUCCUGAUAAUACUGAUCGAUUAAUUUCUGUUGUUCAGAAUUCAUUGAAUAACGCAUCAUCAUCAUCAUCAAUGUUGAAUCAGAAUUUAUUGGAUUUUUGUUAUGAAACAUCUGAAUAUUUACAUGAUAAACAGGAAUCGAAAAUGGCUGUCGAUGUUUUAUUGAAAAGUGUUAAUGUUUUACUUGAAACCAAACAAUGGUCAUCAGCAGCCAUGGAUGGAAAUAAUAAUAACAAAACAAUGGCUGAAUGUACAUCGCGUAUGUUUCUAAAAUUGGUUCAUUAUAUUCAAUCAGAAUCAUAUGAAUGUUGUCGUGAACAAUUUAUAACACUGGAUGGGAAUCCAAAAUUGCUUGAAAUUGAUGAAAAAAUUUCCUGUAUUCAAAAUCUAAAUCAUUUUGAUAAUAUUAGUGGUAAAUUAUUAUUAAUGGCUGUCAAUAAUUGUCCAUCAAUGUCAAAAGCAUGGUAUCAAUUGGGUGAUUGGUGUUAUCGAUGGGGCCGACGUCUUAGUGAUAUAGAUAUUGAUGUUGGUGAACAACAACAGCAGCGACAACAGUUGCCAUCAAUGGUCAGUGAAGACAUUGAAAAAGAUACCAAUGGACGUGAAGCCAAUAUUAUUGAAUUUUAUAAAUUGGCUGCAAAUUCUUAUAUUCGAUUUUUACAUAUUAAUGGCCAUAAUAGUUGUGAUGAUAUUGAUGCUACGCUCCGGUUACUUCGUUUAAUAUUGAAACAUGCACCAGAAUUACGGGAAAUUUUGGAAAUCGGUCUGAAAGAAACACCAACAAAACCGUGGAAAAAUAUAACAUUACAACUGUUUUCACGUUUAAAUCAUCAUGAACCAUAUGUACGACAAAGUAUUAGUGAAUUAUUAUGUCGUAUUGGUUCCGAUUCACCACAUUUGAUCAUUUUUCCAGCCAUUACCGGACUGUUGGAUGAUCAGAUUAAAUCGAAAAAUUUUGAUUAUACAUCAGCUAAAAAUAAAAACGAUGACGAUGAUGCCAACGAUAAUGAUAAUGACGACGACGACGACGACGAUGAUGAUGAUGAUGAUGUUGAUUCAAUCGAUAUUGAUCAAUCAUUGGUUCGUAAUUGUUAUAAAUCAUUAUUGGAUACAUUAAGUCAACGUGAUACAAAUCUGAUUGUGCAGACAAAAUUAUUUGUACACGAAUUACGGCGAAUAACUGUAUUAUGGGAUGAAUUAUGGAUCGGUAUCAUGCAACAUAGUAUGAAUGAAAUGAAAAAACAAGUAGUGGCAUUGGAAAAAGAGAUUGAAAAGACUAGAAAUAAUACGAAUCUUUAUGAAAAAGAGAAAAUUUUGUUCAUAAAAGAACAGCAUAACAUUUUUUUCCGUCGUCUACUUUAUUCAUUACAAUUAACGAAUAUGUUAACAUCAUCGGAUAAUCCGGAAACACCGCAUGAAGAAUGGUUUCAAAAAAAUUUCAAUCAAUUAAUACAACAACUGAUUGAAUCGAUUGCUUGUCCAGAAAAUUAUUAUGAACCAUCAAAUAUUUUGUUUAAUUAUCAAAAUCUUUUUCAAACAAUACGUAAACGAUCAUUGGCGGCAAAUAAUUACCGAUUCUAUAUGCAAGAUAUUAGUCCACGUUUAGCUACGCUCGAAAAUACCGUUAUACCAUUGCCAGGAUUGAAUGGUUCAAAUGUAAUGUUGAAAGGUGUAUUCAAAACUGUUUCCGUAUUGCAUACGUAUACGAAACCGAAAAAAAUCAUUUUAAUCGGUUCAGAUGGCCGUAAUUAUUCAUAUCUUUUUAAAGGCCAUGAAGAUUUACAUCUUGAUGAACGUAUUAUGCAAUUUUUAUCAAUAGUUAAUCAAAUGAUUAGUAAAUUUGGACCAACAAUCAAUCAACAGAAUAAUAAUUCAAAUAUUAAUUAUGAUCGAAUGUUUAUCCGAGCUCGGAAUUAUUCAGUAACACCAUUGGGCAAUAAAUCCGGUCUGAUUCAAUGGGUUGAAGGUGGUCAUGCAUUGUAUAAUCUUUAUAAACGUUGGCUUUCAAAUCGUGAUAUAUCAUUGGAUGAGAUCAAUAAACGUGUAUCAGCGAAUGAAAUAUUCAAAAUGAAAUUGGCUGAACAUGGAAUAACGACAGAAAAUCGUAACGAUUGGAAUAUGAACAUAUUGCAUAAAGUGUUUGAUGAAUUAUCCAAUGAAACACCUGAUGAUCUUAUUGUACGUGAAUUAUGGUGUUCAUCGGUGAAUUCAUUUGAUCAUUGGAAUUUGCAACAGAAUUUUAUCACAUCCAAUGCAAUUAUGUCGGUUAUUGGCUACAUCCUUGGUCUUGGUGAUAGACAUUUGGAUAAUAUCCUGUUGGAUUUGACCACUGGCGAAGUGAUUCAUAUUGAUUAUAAUAUCUGUUUUGAAAAGGGUAAAACAUUACGUGUACCAGAAAUGGUGUUAUGUCGUUUGACACAAAAUAUUGUCAACACAUUCGGUGUGACCGGUGUGGAUGGUAAAUUUCGUAUUGCAUGUGAAAAUGUAUUGAAAAUAUUGCGUAAAGGCAAAGAAACAUUAUUAACAUUGUUGGAAGCAUUUGUUUAUGAUCCAUUGAUUGAUUGGACACCGGAACAUGAAGAAGGAUUCACUGGAGCCAUUUAUGGUGGUGCAAAAAUUGCACAAUUAGCCAGUGAAGGUAAAAUUAUACCGAAAAAACAAAUGGAAAAAGAAAAUCAAGAUGCAAUUGAACGUUUAAAACAAUUGAUGAAAUCUGUUGAACAACGUAAUAGUGAUUGGCCUAAAAUUGUUAAUACUGAUAAUGAACCACCACCACGACCGCAACAUCAACAUCAACAACAAGAUUUACGAAUAUUGGCUAAACCAUCGGGUAAUAAUAAUGAUAAUGAAGGAAAUCAACAACAGCAUCAGCAACAAAUGUUGGAAACACGUAGACAUAAUAAACGUAAUGUUUAUGCAUUUUCUGUAUGGAAACGUAUCCGUAUGAAAUUAGAUGGCCGUGAUCCAGAUCCAAACAGACGAUUAUCCAUCUAUGAUCAGGUUAAUCAUUUGAUUAAAGAAUCAACAUCGAUGGAAAAUCUUUCACGUAUGUAUGAAGGAUGGACUAGCUGGGUUUGAUUGAAUUCUUCCGUUUGUCGUCGAUAUGUGUGUGACAUGAUCAACACUGUGUACUACUAAAUAGUAAGGCUUCAAAUAGUCUUGUUCACAUAUGGUACACAUUCAAAUUACCGCCGUUCGUUUUGGAUGGAUCGAAAUUUGUCGAAAAAGAAGAGAGCCGUCCAUUUGAUAUGGUGGUCGAAAAUGAAAUCGAAAGAAACGAAAUUUGGUGGAAAUUCAAUUUUGGAUGUUUUUUGAAUUCGAUUCAUUA